CGUAUGAUCCAUUGCUCUUGAAUGGCUGCCGGUUUUUCUUAAUUGGUGGCUCUCACUGUUGGCAGAGAGGGCGGACAUGACUCCAAGAGCCAUUUCUUGUUUGUGGGUAGUGCUGCCCAUAUGCAUCCAUGGCAUUUUGCUUGCUGAUGCUGGGAACCAGAUCUUCAAUGUGAAGAAGUUUGGAGCAAAGGCUGAUGGCGAAACAGAUGAUCGCAAGGCAGUUUUAGAUGCAUGGAAUGCUGCCUGCGCAUCAAAUGGCCGGCCUCGAGUGGUUAUACCGCCGGGCACAUUUCUCAUUGGCCAAACCAAAUUUGAGGGUCCCUGUCCCGGUGCAUAUCCCAUUGUGGUGGAGGUGAAGGGGAAGGUCAUAGCACCCACAGAUCUCUCUCAGUUCUCAUCAGAUGAUUGGAUAUCCUUCAGCAAGGUUCACGGCCUGGUCUUGACAGGCGGCGGCGUGUUCGACGGCAGGGGCAGCUCCGCCUGGCCGAGCAACGACUGCCUUACAUCUGCUAAUUGCAAGCUCCUACCCACUUCUCUGAAGUUCAACUUCCUCACCAACUCAACCAUUCGGCGCAUAUCUUCAGUUGAUAGCAAGUUCUUCCACAUGAUCAUCUUCGGCUCCGAAAAUGUGAAGGCCCAUGAUCUACGCAUAUCGGCACCAAGUGACAGUCCAAAUACUGACGGGAUCCAUAUUGGGGAUUCCACAGGGAUCGCCGUCUCUAGAUCUGUAAUCGGCACCGGCGACGAUUGCAUAUCAAUUGGGCCCGGAAGCAACCUGAUUACCAUCUCGAAUAUCAUAUGCGGACCAGGACAUGGUAUCAGUGUUGGUAGCCUUGGGAAGUAUCGAGAUGAGAAGGAUGUGACAGACUUAAGAGUGAGGAAUUGCACCUUUAGAAAUACCACAAAUGGUUUGAGGAUUAAGACGUGGCCGGCAUCAGGUGUUCUUCACGCCAAAAAUUUCACAUUCGAAGAUAUUAUCAUGAAGAACGUCCACAAUCCCAUCAUCAUCGACCAAAAGUAUUGCCCAUAUGAUUCUUGCCCUACCGAGGAAGCGCCAUCGAAGGUGAAGAUCAGCAACGUGAAUUUCAGGAACGUGAAAGGAACAUCGACAUCGCAAGUGGCCGUGAAUCUCAUCUGCAGCAAGGCGUUCCCCUGCGAGGGGGUGACGCUCAGCGACAUCGAUUUGAAGUACAACGGAGAGGAAGGGAAGGCCACCUCCAGCUGCUUCAACGUUAAUGGAUUCUCUUCUGGGACACAAGUCCCACCUCCUUGUGUGUAGGAUCUCUGUCCUCUAGAUUUGCACCUCUUGGAUUAUACAUGGUAGGGUUGAACAAGAUUUCCCUCCGGAACCAGUGGUGUACGUAGGACCUGAACUAUCAUAAUGAUGUAAAUAAAUUAUGACAACUAUGUUGUUUCCUUUAGAUGGAAGUGAUCCGUAUAUAUAUAUGUAUAUGAUAACAUAAUUGGCUUUCAUUUUAAUCAAUGUACACCAGUGUGGAUCCAUAAGUGAACAUGAUAUUAGUGAAGC